AUGGACGUGUCGCGGGAUGCCAGCCAUGCCGAGGCUGCACCCUCAACGGGUACCACAAUUGUAGCUUGCACAUAUAAAGGAGGAGCCGUUUUAGGAGCUGACGGUCGAGUUAGCAUUGGGAAUUACAUUAUGAACCGCGCAUCUAACAAGAUCGCGCCUCUUUCGGAGUACAUUUUUCUCUGCCGCUCGGGUAGUGCUCCAGACACGCAAAUCAUUAGUGACAAUGUCAGACACUACUUGAAUCAUAUGAUAGCUGAGUCUGGGGAGGAGCCCUCCGUGGAAAUGGCAGCUAACCUUGUCCGUCUGAUAAAUUACAACAACAAGGACCACCUGGUGGGUGCCAUGCUGGUGGUGGGCUGGGACAAACACGGAGGAGGUCAGGUGUUCGGCGCGCCCAUAGGCGGCACACUCGUCAAGGAGAAGUGGGCCAUUGACGGCUCGGGCAGCACCUACAUCUGGGGCUAUUGCGACAGCGAGUUCAAGGAGGGCAUGACCCGUGAGGAGGCGGAGAACUGGGUGAAGGAGGCUCUGGCGCUGGCCAUGACCCGGGACGCCUCCUCGGGUGGCACCAUCCGCAUCAUCACUCUGGACGGCACGGGUGCGCACCACACCUACGUCCGCGGCGACCAAGUGCCGCAGUUCGUGGACGACAUGCCCUUCCCAACCCACGCGCCGGGUGUGCUUUCGGCGGCCGCAUCAGUCGGGGAGGGCGGCAUGGUGAUCGGUUGA